CCGCCUCACUGUAGUCAACUGUACAAAAAAAAAGACAACAAAAAUCCGAGUCCAAACAGGUCCGAGAGCUAGUAGCCUACAUCUGCUGCCCACGCUGGACAGCUCCAGCUUCCUGCAGGGAAACACGGCAGCUCUCCCCCACUUCCACAGGAGGAAAUGACUUCGCUGGAUCAGAAGGAGGUGCGACCUGAAAUGACUGUUUGAUCGUCCCUCAGCCUCUCCUUGCCUCGCCUCCAACACUAAACCCGGAGAAGGAGGUUCCAGCGCAGCAGCGGAGGAAACAACCAGUUGAGAGAGUCGAUGGAGAGGAGGUGAACGGCUGGGCUAAACCAGCUGGAUGUGUCGGUGAAGUAAACUCAUCCAGCCCGGCUGCUUCAUCAGAAUUGCGAUUGCCUUACGUAACUGAGCUUUGUGGAGAGACUGGCAGGGGAACUGCUGCUGCCGUGCUGUUUAAUCACAGCGAGGAAACGCAGGUGAACAGAGAGUACAAUCACUAGUGUGUCUCUCCAUCCAGUCAGCAUGGUCUGUGAAGGUGCUGUCCCCCAUCACCAGUGACUACGUCAAGAUGAACGAGGGAGGAGGGGGUAUUUCUGCUGAGGCUGAUGUCAUCCUUCAUGCCGUGAACCCUGUCACGCCUUCUGAGAAAGUUGGGAACUCAUGUCCAGUUUUCGUCCAAGGGUUCCUGCAGGACGACCAGGAUUUCAGCCCCUCUCCAGUGUUUGAGAAGGAAUACCUGCUGGAUGGGAGACUGAUGGAGAAUAACCACAUCAAAGGCAAUGGUUCGUACAUCUCAAGGGAUGAUCACCUCUCCAAUGACUUGGGAACUUCGCAGCAAAAUUGUGCAAGCGGUGAAAUCCACAAUGGCGCCAGAGCUAAAAUGUCUUACAGUGCAGAUUCCUCCGUAUGCUUGCCUCGCCAAGCUAAACAGGAAACGGAUCGGUCAGGUCUUGAGUGCAGGGACAGUGGCCAGGAUGCUGGAAAUGCACAGUCUCAAAAAGAUCCUGAUUUAAUCAUCGAAGUGGGCGGGCAGACGAUCAACGCUCACAAGUCUGUCCUGGCAGAGAAGAGCGACUACUUCAAGGCCCGGGUGUCACGAGACAUCCUGAAAGUGAAGGGAGUGAGUUACAAGACUUUGUCCACGUUGAUAGACUAUGUUUACACUUCUAAGAUGAAUGUUUGCAAGGGAAAUGUUGUUGAUGUCAUCACAGGGGCUAAAAUCCUUCAGAUCCCCUGCGCCGUCCAGGCGGCCAUGGACUCCAUGUCUGAACAAAUCACUGCAGAGAACUGCUACGAGAUCCUGACCAUCGCCAAAAAGCAGAGACUUAGUGAACUCAAGGAGACAGCCUACGGAUUCAUGAGCGCCAACUUCCUCCAGAUCCUCAAAGACCCGGCUGUGUACGGGCGCCUGAAUGGAUCCGAGCGGGAUCUGAUCUUGAAGAAGAGAAUGGAGGGGAGGCAGACUCUGAUGGUGGCGGAGAUAAACGAUGUGUUUGAUCGUGUUGGGAGCCGGCCACCGAGCCGAUGUGGCAGCAGACCUCAGAGCCCACUGUCAGUUGGGUCUUUGGAGGAGAACCAUAUGAUUUACUACUUUAACGAAACAGCAAAUGACUGGAGACCUUUAACAGCAAUGCCUGAGGACAUAAACACUAAAGGGUGCGGGAUCUGCACCAUGUAUAACUACCUGUUUGUGGCCGGGGGGAUAAAGGGCUACGGGGACAAGGGCAAGGUUUCAGACAAGGUCUUCUAUUACAACCCCAUCACCAACCGCUGGGCUGAGAUCAAACCUCUGACCCAGGCUCGUGCCCAGCUGAAGCUUGUGUCUAUGGAUGGCUACUUGUACGCCAUUGGAGGGGAAUGUUUGUUUACAGUGGAAAAAUAUGACCCUCGCAUGGACCGCUGGACCACGGUGGCCCCCUUACCCAAGGGAGCCUUCGCAGUGGCCCACGAGGCCACAACCUGCAGCGGAGAACUCUACGUAUCAGGAGGCUCUCUGUUCUACCGCCUUCUUAAGUAUGACAUCAAGAGGGACGAGUGGCAGGAGUGCCCCUACAACAACAGCAGAAAAAAGUCCACUGACAUGGUGGCGUACAAGAGCUUCAUUUACCGCUUUGACGUCAACCGCGAGCAGGGGAUCACCGUGUUUAAGUACAACAGCAUAGUGAAAAUGUGGCAUGAUUGCGCAUCACAGAGGCUUGGAAGUCAUUUACCCUUCAGGUGCGCCGUGAUCGGGAACUGCAUCUACUGUGUGAACAAAAGUCAGACGCUUCAGUUUGUAGUGGAGGAGGAGAACGCCUACUUUGUUGAGGAGACGCUGAGGGCGCCUCUGGAGGCAAAAGGCGUUCUUUUUCCUUUUGUUCUCACUUUGCCUGAAAAGCCUGAAAAAGUUACAUAGUGUGUGAGAAUGUGUGUGUGUGUGUGUGUGUGUGUGUGUGGUGUGUGUGGUCCGGAAUAACACAAUAAAUGCAUCAUAAGCAGAAGACCUUAUGUACACUCUUCAAUGUCAGCUUUCUAUCUCAGUGUUUCAUUGCCUGCUUGCAAUGGAAUGUGUGUAUUUGCAUGGCAAUUUAAUGUGUCUGCAGGGUUAAGCCUUAAAAGGAUUUUUUUUCUUUUUUAGAAAUGAAUGAAUGCAACAAUAUUUGUAUCUGACUGUAGAUAAUGACAUGAUGACCGUGACUGUAGGUUAUUUUGUGUAUUUCCUGUGUUCAGUUUGGUUUGGUGCACUUUUGUAGUUAGAAAAUAGAUAUUACUUAGAACAUAUAAACUAGUUGACUGGUGGCUUUGGUAACAAAAACAAACAUUUUGUUGAAAGUUGUAUGAAAAACAGAAUGGAUGACUAAUGAACGAUGCAACACAGGUUCUAUGCAAAGAGACAGAAUGUACAGGUGGGGCUGCUGUCAUGAUAUUGAAUGAGAAUCUGACUUUAAAGGAAUUACAGUAUUCUUUGAACUAGGACUGCAACUCAUGGCUAUUAUUAAUCACAUUACCAGAUAAGAAUAAAAAUUGUUAUAAUUCCCCACACCCCAAAGAGAUUCGAGCAUAUAAGUAGCUUGUUUUAGACAAACAAGCAUCCAAAACCCAAAGAAGUUUGAUAUAAUAUAUAUUAUAAAGAAAUGUAUCAAAUCCUCAUAUUUAAGAAACUGGACACAGCAAAUUUUUACUUGAAAAAUGCUAAAAAUGAUGAAUCGGUUCUCAAAGUAGUCUAAUAAAUGAUUCACGGAAAAACUGUUGCAGCACUUACUCAAACCCUGAUCUGCACUUUCUUUGAAUUAAACCUGUGAAUUGAGGUCAAAUUAUAAACAGUAAGAGAACAACUAUAUCAGUCUUCUUCCACACAAAUAUUCCCUUUGCAGAUCAUGUGAACAGCAUGCUGUGUUGUAGUUCAGAGGAAUUUAUUAGUUUAAAGCAAAUUCCACAUUUAAACUCAGUAUCUGCAAGAAUUUUGUGGGCAAUAUAAACAAGAUGCUUGAUUUGGCAACUGAACAAAUUUAGGUACAUAUAUAUAUAUAUAUACAUAUUUAUUCUUGGAUUAAGACUAUGCUAUUUUCCUACAUUUAUCACAUUUGCCAAAGAUAAGAAACAGUUCAGUCAGGCUAAAAUAAAACUAAAUCAAAACUGACAGACUUUUGCAUCUUUUGUUGAUUAGGCUCCUCAUAAAAAGUGUUAUUUUCACAUCACUACAGUGGAGUUAAAAGCAAUAGUUGUUUUGUAAGAGAAACAGCACCAUGUUCGCUGCUAACAGGCACUCUGGGAAGUUCAGGGAAAGCGAGCCAUUCAGAAUACACAAAGAUGCAUCUCUUAUCUUUAUUUUCCUAUAUAAGAAAUCGCAACAGAAUCAUGUUCAAGUGCAAGCAGGUUUCUUCCCCUGGGUGAGGGUUUGCCUACUUUUAAGGUCAAAGGUCAAAUUAGAUCCUACAGUGCUGCAGCAUGGUCAAGUCAUGACACUUGCUGCAUACACAAACAAGAUAUCCUGCUGUCAUGACACUAAUGAACCAUUUUCUUCUUGCAUUGCUGCACAUGAAUACAAAUUUUGCUCAAAAUGUCCUUCUUGUAGACAUUUCACAAUAUUUGUUUGCUGCUGCAGCAACACAGUGGGAGUUUUGUAUGAUGCUGAUAUAUUCUUGGAACAAAUUGCUUUUGAUAAAGUUUGCAGUCAACGUGACUUGGACAAAAUGGAUGUGGUUUUAAUAUUUUGCUGGCUGGCAUCUGUAUUUUUGUGAAUUUUUGUAUGGACUUUGGUAGUUUUGGAUUUGCUGCUGUGAUGGACAGUAAAGUAAUGCAAUGUAAGGCAGUGGCUUCCUGUUCAAGGCAUAUGGAGUGGACUAACAAACUAGCUGUUGGAUAAUGUAUAUCAGUCAGAACUAAGUGCUUCAAAUAAAAUAUUUUGUGUCUGAAUUUA